GGCAUCGUUUGCCAUGGGGUGCCACGCAACUUCAACCGCCUUUAGUAGAUGGAAAGAUGAGCAGGGUUUUCGGUCCAUCGCAAUAGCCUCCUGCAUUGGGGAUCCAUGGGUGAAAGGAGCUUCUUCCUGCAGAAAGGGCUGCUCGGGCUGCUCUUUAUCCGGCAAAAAUUGAAGUGGAAGGAAACACUGCCCUGACUUUUGCCCAACUUUAACCAACAGGCUCCGUGUUUUCCCCACUGACUCAGAGAAGAGAUGAGAAAGGCAAGAGAGAGAGAGGGAGAGAGGGAGUGCAGCUUUUACCGCUUCUGUAUUUGUUGCGCUGCCCUUUCGGCCCAGUGUGUGCUGAGUCUAUUCAAUGUGAAGCCAUGAAGUGACUGCAGUGUGUCUGCAAGGAGUCCGAAGAACAUGGGCUUCACGUUCCACAUCGGUGAGCUUCGGGUCUUCUUCCCUUAUGACACCAUCUACCCGGAGCAGUACCGAUACAUGUGCGAGCUCAAGCGAGCGUUGGAUGCCAAAGGCAACAGCGUCCUUGAAAUGCCCACAGGAACAGGCAAGACCGUGACACUCUUUUCUUUGAUCACCUCGUACCAGUGGGCGCAUCCUGAACUUGGGCGCUUGGUCUACUGCACCCGAACCGUGCCCGAGAUGAGCAAAGCAGUGGAGGAACUACGGAAGGUCAUCGACUUUCGCGUGGAGGUCCUGGCCAAAGAGUUGGAUGCUGGAAGUGAAGCACCCAAGGGCCUCGCUGCCGGUCACAUCUUAGCAGUGGGCCUGAGCGCACGCCGAAAUAUGUGUGUGCAUCCGGAGGUGAGCAAGGAAGGCGACCGAGAGCGGGUGGACGAGAUGUGUCGGCAGCUGACAGCCCCCUGGACCAGAGAAAAGAAGACCGCCAGCUGCGUCCAUUUCGAGAAGUACGAAAGUGCCUUGGGUCAACAGUCACAAUUGCUGGACACAGGCAUCUACACCAUCGAAGACUUGAGGGUGAAAGGGAUGGACAAGGAGUAUGGCUGGUGCCCCUACUAUGCUGCCCGCCGUCUUAUUCAAGCAUCGAGUGUCGUGGUUCUCAACUAUCAGUACGUGCUGGAUCCCAAAGUUUCCUUAGCCUCAUCUCUUGGGGGCGCCCCCAGCUUGCCUGGCGGCAAGAUGCGGGCAGGCGGAUUGAGUUCCAUUGAGCCCAGCAUCGUGGUCUUUGAUGAGGCCCACAACAUCGAUGACGUUUGCAUCGAAUCGCUCAGUGUGAAAUUGAAUCGCCAGCGACUGGACCAGUCCUCUGGGAAUCUCACCAGGUUGGGCAAUGAAAUCGAACGUGUCAAGAAGGAGGAUGCUUCACGGCUACAGGAGGAGUACAAGCGCUUGGUUCAAGGCUUGCGACAAGCAGGGCAGAUCGAUGAAGCCAUGGCAGAUCAACUGCAAAGCCCGGUGCUGCCCGAGGACUUGGUCUCCGAAGCCAUCCCGGGGAACAUCCGCCGAGCCGAGCAUUUCAUCGCCCUCUUACGACGAAUCGUCAACUUCUGCCGACGCUACUUGCACGUGGAGCGCGCGCAGUGUGAGGGUCCACUCUCGAUUUGUCACAAACUGGAGGAGGAUGCCGAGGUCGACUCCAAAUCGCUGAAGUUUUGUCACGAACGGCUGCGAUCUCUGCUGAACACGUUGCAAGUGUCUAACCUCGAGGAGUUCACGCCCAUCACCAAGGUGGCCGACUUUGUGACCCUUCUGGGAACCUAUUCCCAGGGUUUCACCAUCAUCGUUGACCCUUAUCCAGAAGCACAAGGCAUCUACGACCCCACCUUGAUCUUACGAUGUUUGGACGCGUCGAUCGCCAUUCGCCCGGUCUUGAAGCGGUACCAGUCGGUGGUGCUGACCUCUGGAACCAUUUCACCCCUGGAGAUGUAUCCCAAGAUUUUGGGCAUGUCCAAUGUGGUGGCGACUGAAUCCUUUAGCAUUACGAUGGAGAGGAAGUGCCUAUGUCCGCUGAUCGUCACCCAUGGCCCCGAUCAGGUGGCGAGGAUUGGCGAGGAUGAAAGCCCGAGUUUGGGGUUUCGUGGGUGUUGCUCGAUGCGAGGAAGCAGGUCAUCGGCAUGGGCUGUACAUCAACCUAGUUCUGUCACGCUCGGCCUAGUGUGCUUCUUUACCUCCUACCGCUACUUGGAGCAAGUCCUCGAGAAGUGGUAUGAGACAGGUGUGAUUUCCCGAGUCCUCAAGCACAAGCUCUUGUUCAUCGAGACUGCUGAUGUGGUUGCCACCACCUAUGCUCUGAACCUUUACCGACAGGCCUGCGACUCUGGUCAGGGCGCUGUGUUCCUCUCAGUGGCACGUGGGAAGGUGGCCGAAGGCAUUGACUUUGAUCGACACUACGGGCGCUGCGUGGUGCUCUUCGGUGUACCCUUUCAAUACACCUUAUCUCGUGAGCUUCGUGCCAGGUUGGAGUUCCUUCGCCAACACUACGAUAUCAAGGAAUCGGAGUUCCUCAACUUCGACGCCAUGCGCCAGGCCUCCCAAUGCCUCGGCCGUGUGAUCCGAUCCAAGCGCGACUAUGGCGUGAUGAUCUUCGCGGAUCAGCGCUAUGCACGGAGCGACAAGCGCUCGAAGAUCCCAGAUUGGAUCCGACAUUUCCUCGAGCCGGGCCACGUCUUCAUGGCCUCAGAUCUGGCGGUGGAAGCGGCAGGGAACUUCUUGCUGCAGAUGUCGCAGCCCUUUGAGGAGAAGACCGGUGUGGGCGCCUCCGUCCUAACACCUCAAGCCUUACAGGAGCUGCAGGCAGAAGAUUCCAAGGCCAGCGACUCCAAGGAGAUGGAGAAGUCUGCGAUCUUUGCGCCACCACUGAAGCGCCUGAAGUUGAACCUUUCCACACCUCCUGAUCCACCGAGCUCCAAUCUUGACGCCGUGUCCAAGCAGAUCUGGUGAGAUGCGUCCAAUGCUUUGGUAUUUGCAAAAGUCUUUUGAACCCAAGGAUUGGUCCUUGGGACUCGGGGCACUUACCGA